GCUGGUCCAUCUCCCAUCCAAUGCAACUCCAGACCUGUAAUGACUUCAAAAGGACUAGGAAGACUCGAUAAAGACUUGAAAACCAAUUUAAAAGCAUAUAUACAAGAUGUAUAAAACACCAUAUAUCAGCACACAUGAGAGUUACAAAACGAAAAAAACUAGAAAAACCUCAUAUUCAUUCUGCUGUUUUCAGAAAAAAAAAAUUCUAACAAAGAAGCAGACAAAAGACCAAGACGAAAAGAGCCGUGGAGGACACGAAACUCGGCUCAAAAACUAAAAUAUCUCUUCUUCUUAUAAGUCUUCGUUAGUUUGACAAAAAAAUAUAUAUAUAAGUCUUCGUUACCCAUUAAUCAGACCGAAUAAAAAAUAAAUUAAGAAAGAAACAAUAUGGGAGAGAGACAGGAAGUGAAACUUUUGGGAACAUGGUACAGUCCGGUCGUGGCAAGAGCAAAGAUCGCUCUUCGUCUCAAAUCAGUCGAUUAUGAUUACUUUGAAGAAGAUCUGUUCGGAUCCAAGAGUAAGAGUGAGCUUCUUCUCAAAUCAAACCCGGUUCACAAGAAAGUCCCGGUUCUCAUCCACAACAACAAACCGAUUCUAGAGUCUCUCAACAUUGUUGAGUACAUUGAUGAGACAUGGAACGCAUCUGGGCCGUCCAUACUUCCUUCACAUCCCCAUGAUCGUUCUCAAGCUCGCUUCUGAUCUGCCUUCGUUGAUGACAAGUGGUUUCCAACUUUGAUUGCAACUACGAUCACCAAAUCAGAAAACGCCAAAGCGAAAGGCAUGGAUGAAGUGGGAGAAGGGUUGUUGCUACUCGAGGAUGCGUUUAUUUCUAUAAGCAAAGGGAAACGCUUUUUUGGUGGUGAAGUGAUCGGGUUUAUGGACAUUUGCCUCGGGAGCUUUUUGGUUAUCUUAAAAGCUAGAGAGAAGCUUAAUGGAGAAAAUAUAUUAGACAAAUCAAAAACUCCUUCUCUAUGUAAAUGGGCCAAUGAGUUCUUGGCUGAUGACACAGUGAAGAAUGUGGUACCGGAGAUUGAUAGAGUUGUUAAGUUUAAGAGAGAGUUUAAUUGAAGCUGAAACUCAAACCAGGGCUUGAAGGUCCUAAGAUCAUUAGAGAUGUAUUUGCAGGGCAAGUGUCAUGUACAAAGAAGAUAAGGUGAAGUUGAAUUAGUGUUGUGUGAUUCUUCCUACAUGUAUGAUAGAAUUUUCAUAUAUAUAUAUAUACUUAAUACUUUCAUGAUAUUGUUUUUUUUCUAUAUUACUUUUAUGAUAUUGUUUACUGGGUACACGACUUAUUUCCCACCAGAAGUAUCAUAUAGUAAUAGUUCCACAAAAUGUUUCACCCUCGUCCUAAUUCUCCAUGUAUUGAAUUUUAAAACGUAUAUCCCCACCGUUCGAAAGUUAGAAACAUAUUUACACAUGAUAUUUAAGUUUUAAACUCAAUCCCACAUAAACCGUAAUUUAAUUUAGUUUAGUGUUUACCAAAUCUUUUUUUAUAACCAAUUAUAAAUGAAGUUAACCGAAUUAUGAUUCAUUUAAAAUAGAUUUACAUAGAACCAAAGUCUAAACCAAAAUUAAAAAUUAAAAAUCAUUGAUCAAUCAAAGUGGAAGAGAUAAAAGAGAAGCGAGUGAAUUUUGUUACUCAUCACACAGAGGAGAGAAAAAUAUUGGGUAGAGAUGAUGAGAAGAAGGUGAUUUUUUUUUUAUUCAUCACGGAGAGGAGAAACAGUUAGGUUCGGUUUAUUGUCAAUUUGGUUGAUCUACAAAUCAGAUUAAAGCUGGGUCAUGUUUUAGUCUUGUUUGAUAUUUGGUAUAAGUGAUUUCAUACCAAGGUUUUGUUCUAAAUUCAAACCAGUUAUUAUGUGUAAAUAUGUUUCGAACAUUCAAACGGUGGGGAUAUAUGUUUUUAAAUUCAAUAAAUGGGGAAUUAUGAUGAGGGUGAAACAUUGUAUGGAACUGUUAUUAUAUGAUAUUUCUAAGGGGGAAAUAGCUCGUUUACCCGUUUGUUAUACCCAUGGUCGGCCCUUGAGUAAAGCCCAUAAAGCAAGGGCUUUAGGCGCCAAAAUCUAUAUAUGUAUUAUAGGGGCGCCAAAAUCUAAUAAAAUCACUUUUGCUUAGAACAUCAAUAACGCUGCCUUUUAAGGCUGGCUCUUCAGAAAAAAAAUAAUUUUAAAUUAUGUGGGUCCUAUCAUUAUUUAAAAUCUGCCUCUUAUACCUCUUCCGUAGGAGGUGAGUUUGUGAGAGUUUUGCCACUUUUCACGGACCCCACUAACACGUGGCAUCCCGUGAUUGGUCUAUUUUUAAUUUUUUUUUUUAGAUCAGAUAAAA